AUGGAUUCGAAAUUCAAGGUAGACGUACCACAGGGCCCGAAAGCUAAAAUAAUGCUCUGGACGGAUUUUAGCUACCAUGACAUGGAGCAGAUUGACACAACGCUGUCUAUUCCUGAUCUGGAGAGUGCUCUAUGCAAUGUGCUCGAUGUUGACCGUCUUGAACCAAAAAAAGGAGUUCUGCUGGAGUUGUAUGUCCACACUGUGCUUUUCUGCAGACAGAGAAGCUUCAUCAGGGAACAAACUUCAGCUCUGUUGUCCAUCAUUAAAUCCGUUCAUGAGGCUAACAUAGCAACUCCACUCAACAACAUAGAACAGAGCUUCAAAUACUGCAAGGAGCUACUUCUUUGUCACUCAGUCAGGCGACCUCCCUUCAGUAUCAACCUCUUCAGCCCUGAUGAGGCCAGCUGUGUCUUAAAGUACAUCUAUGAGAACUAUGUGAGGCACUACAAACUCUAUAAAUAUAUUUUUGUCCCACAGGUAAAACUUGAUCUAUUAUUGAAUUACUCUGUGAGCCCAAACCAGGAUGAACCAGCUGUGGAAGACUUUUCAUCUGUAGAUGUUGAAAAUGUGCUUGAACCAGAAACAGGACAAAACACAGACAGUUCACCUAAAAUACAAGAGGCCAACACAAAGGAUGCCGCUUUUGGUUCAAAGUUGGGACUGAAAAUACUGAUCAAGAAAGAGAUCAGAGAGCAGAUGGCACUUGUGUCUGAAAAACUUGAUCAGCGUAUGAAAGAAAUGGCAAUUCAGCAUAAGAGUGCACCUCAUUCUCCAGAGCCCAACAACAAGGGCAAAAAAUAA